GAGCCCGCUCGAAGAGCAGGACGCCAUGCAGCAAGGGCAAGGACAUGACAGCUGACCUCGAAGCCCAGGAUACUACAGACCAGAUGGAGGCGGCGUUCGGCAAGUUGGCUGUUCUUUUCGCCGAGCACCCUUUCGCCGACAAAGACGUUUGUCAAUCGUCGGCUGCCGAGCAGCACCAAUCGGGCACUUCUGCUUAUUGGAUCGCGAGGCUGCCGUUGGACUGCAUUGCGGCAUCUACAUCGUUCAAGUUUGCGCAUGCGGUCUCCCAGUCCGAGAUCCUACGGAGCAAGGUUGGCAGGGUCGAGCGCGACCAACUGGAGGUCCACCUGGGCCUUGUUCAGGAGGCCAAGCAUUUCCCAGAUGGCAAGCUGCAGCUGCUGAGCUGGGACCAGGCAGUGGCGAAGAUCGAGCGUCUCAAGCAGGCGGACGUCACUUGGCUAGCUGAUACCAGGAUCUCGAUUCUCAAAGCGUUCGUGAAGCACUACGCCGACAUUGCCGAUCAAGGCAAGAACGUGGAUAUUGCAAUCGGCCGCCUCGUGGUGACGUUCGCUCCAUUUGUCAACGGCGCCCUGCCCAGGUACGACGCGGCGGCGCCGACGCUGCUAUCGUCCAGGCUGCCCAUGGCCGAGACGAAAGAUCUGUAUUUGACAUCGGGCUUCAUCGGAUGCUUACUGCAGUGGCUGGAGGGAGGUGAAUCGAUGGAGAGCCACAUCAUUGCGCUGUGUGGCAGCGUGAAGGCGCACUGGGUGGUGUCGGAGGAUACUAAGAAGGUGCUGGCAGUGCUAUCCGCGAGCUACAUGAAGAGCCUCCAGGUCGACACGCCCGCUGGCGUCUUCGACGACGUCAAACGGCUGCAAGAUGAUGGGCUGAAAACAUCCAGGACAGGUGCAACAUCAUCUGUGUUCCAAGUCGUCGGGCAAGCAGUUGAGAGGUCAGCCCAUUGGAACCGCAUGGUCACCGCUUUCGCUAAGUCGGCAAAGGCUUUGAAGACCAGCGCCCCCGCACUACAGGAGCACAUGCAGCUGGCCGUGGAGAUGAAGGACGAACGCCCCAGCGCUGAACACUGCCAGAAGCUGAAGUCCAUCGUCGAGGCGAUCCCCGAGUACAAUGCCACCGUUGGCGAGUCUCACGUCAUCGAGCUCGAUGCGAACAUCGCCAUUGCUAUCAGCGCGCACGCCGCCACGGUGGCUUCCCUUUCCACUGACGACGGCACGGAGCCCGCGGUGAAAGAUGGGUCCCAGCGCCUCCUCGUGCCGUACGUUGAGUUGGUGAAGGCGGCGAUUGCCUCGUGCUCUCACGACGAGAAGCUGCUUCGCGCGCAGAAGAUGUUGCUGGACAGCCAGCGCCUCAUCGCACAGAUGGAGAAGGCCACCGACAUCAAGAACAAGCUGGACGAGUUCAAGAUUGACGACUCUCACCACUCAAAUGCAAUGAAGGACUACUUCGGCACGCUGGCACUGCCUGGGAAUGACGACGCGUCACGUUCCCUUGUGCACGGUCUCUUCGAGAGGGUGGUGGGGCAGCAGCACCUCGUGGACUUCGACGGCAACGAUGUGUUCGACCACACCCCCUUGCUGAAAUCAAUGUGCCAACAUGUUCCGACUGGGCACGCUGCGUCAUGCUCCCACGUGGCGGAUCUGCUCUCGCGCGUGGGCGCACUGAACAUUGCGAGGAUGGCGGUUGAACGGUUGGGCGACUCUCCCUACGAGGCGGCGCUUGCCCCCGAGUGCGAGCAAACGCUGGCCGAGCUGGAUCGGAACGCGCAGGGGUGCAAGACGAUCCUGGCCAAGAAGGUCAAGGGCUUCGACGCGACCUUCAAGCGGGGCAAGGAGCGGAUGGAGGAGGCGACGGGCUACCUCAAGGAGGUUGCGGCCGCGUUGGUGACGAGGGGGGCCACCGCCGCGAAGGCGAGUACGGAGGGCGCCUGGAAGAAGCUCAAGGAGAGCAACGGCUACGGCGGCUUCGAGCAGGACGUGGCCAAGGCCAACUGGAAGGAUAUCUGCAAGGUCUGGGAGACGGGCUUCAAGGACUGGGGCCGCGACGAGGCGCUGGGCUGGUUGGACCAGCUCUCGCAGGAUGGAAUUCGUUAA